AUGAAAGCCGCAUGGCAGCUUUCGCAAGGCCGCAUCUAUAGACUCGGCCCACAGACUUCGCUGCAGGUUCGGGAUCACUGUUGUGGCGAGCCGCAGCAAAGUCCUGGGUGGCAUGUGGUUCGGGACACUCCACGGGCUGGACUGCCCAUCAACUACGGCUCUGUCACCUCCUGUUUCGUCCUUGCAUCCGUCUCGCGUACGGCAACUCGCGGCAGACACUGCAGGUGCAAGCGUAAACCAUCGUCAAGCCCCGUUUCAGGAUCUACGAGGCUUCUCGUGGAUGCAGAUAUACAUAGUGUUGAAGAAAUAGAGGACGUAAUCAAAGAGCUCGAGAAGACCUGCAGAGCUGUGUACACAACCGUUUUUGCAGAGCCUCGUCGCAUCGAGAACAAGAGGUGGGACCAGUUGUUCCAACGUCGCAGGAUCAUGUUCCAACCGGUGGAACGGAAUUCAAGCCGAGUUGCAGAAGCUAACGAUGCUGUGAUAGACAGAGCGAUCCGGACCUGUGCCAAUGACCAAAGCUUGGCGCUCCUGACGUCCGACUACGAUUAUGUAGAGGCUGUUAAGGACGCGAUGAAUGCUAGCAAAAGAGUUUUGGUUUUUGUUCCAUCAAAAAAGACUUCACUUAUCAUUCGUUAUCAGAGUGCCGGGGUGGAGGUCCAACGGCUGCAUCGCCGGGUGUCCGCGCUGCCCAGGGUACGUGCGUUCUUGCAUCAAGAUGGCAGUGGGCAUGUGCAGUUGAGUGACCCAUACGAUCCAUACAGCUUCGUGCAUGAUGAGGAUACUGUGGAUGCUUUCACAUCUUUUUUGGCUGACCUUGGCUUCUUGGCCACCGGGGACAGGGACAAAGAGUAUUUCGUCCAAUCUACGGCCAAGUUUUGGGUCACGAACGAGUUGGGCUCGACAGUUGUAUUUCCAGCGCAAAUCGGCAUGAACCAAGUUUUGGAGCAGAUGCGGAAGAGUAGCAAUAUGAAAUGGAGGAGGUAUGAUAGUGAUAUGGCGUUCUUCUUACCCAAAACUUCACGAAGGAAGCUGACAAAGAAGCAGAUGGGGGAGUUUGGCACGGGCAUUUCAAAGGAGAUCUUUUCGGGUGGUGGCCCAUUCUUGCUGAAUGACUCCACAGAUCUAGUUUGCCAAGCUUUGCGAAGGCUCGGGUACAUGGACAACGACAUGAACGCAGACCUGCAGGAGGCCAUGCUCGUGUUCGUGAAUGCUCCGACCAACAAGUAUAACCUGCGGAAGCCACUGGAUGUUCUUCCCUCCCCAACAGACACAGCCGCAGAGGUGGAGGAUAAGCUCCGGUAUGCAUUUCUCUCGCACAGGACGAAUGGACAGUGGCGCGUGGCCCCCAAGGAUGUCCAAAUACGGGCACACCUCUGCAAGCUCGGUUUCUUGGCCGACGUGAAUUCAGCACGCAGAGACGUUUUUCGCGCAAUGGCCAAGUAUGCUAGGCGACACCAGCUCCCCGAAAUGAAAACCUACAACGGGUAUGUGUUCCGCCUCAUGGACUACAUGGACUCCUCCCCGACGAAAACUGGAGCCAUCGAGAUCAGACAGAGUGGCGAUUAG